GAUUUUUUGGCCCACCAACUGAAAAAGGUAAAACUUUUCUUCCGUAAACUGGCCACUCUCUGUUGCUGUUGUUUUCCUUUCAAAUUUAAAGACAUGUCGUAAUCCAAAACGACUGGAAACCACAUAGGCCGGCAACCAAAUUCCCAGUGCAGGCAUUUUCGGAAGAAGGCUCCAGACUCAGAUCAGCACGCAGACAUGUCAACCGCAUCGCGGUUAACUUUGGCCAUGGCGGUGUCUGUAUCCACGGCGAUCAUAGGUUAUGUGCACUAUAAACAAUCGGCAGAUCGGCUGAGACUUCACGAUGGUGUAUUAAGGGAUGUUGAACAGCAGCAACGGCGAAAACACGAGAACACCUAUACGUUGCAGCAGCAAAUUGACAUCACGAAGCAUUUAAAGGCCAGGGAAGCGUCCAGCAACCCAUCCGAUACUCCCGUACCCGCAUUGGAGACCCCCUCAGAAAGUAAUAUCCAAGAGGAGAUAGAAACAAAUCCCACGCCGUCGCCGAAUGUCCUCGGAACCGGGCUCCAGCCGCAUCCUGAACAGGCAAUAACCGGAGAUGUUCCGCUUUCUGAAUCUGUCAAUCAAGAAGCUCCCAGCCCGACAUCAGACAUAGCUUAAGCACCAUAAUGCAUUUCAUUGUGCGCCAAUAACCAACAAAAGCCUUUUUUUUUUGUAAAAAAGUAUAGCUUUUAAAAGAUUUAAUCGGUUGCCCCUUGAACUAUUUCGUUCGUUUUUUAAAAAAGUGGUUGACCACAGAUUGAUCGGAAAGGACUGAAGGCCUAAUAGCUUAAAAUAUUGAUGAUCCUAAGUGAGAGGUUGUAGAUGAAGAGAAAUAAACUGAUUAUAAGUGAUAA